GUUCUAUGUCAUCGGUCUUGUCUUCUGUCUGUCACCUGAACUCUUCUGAUCAACUGCAAGGCAAUUGAUUACUCUUCCUGUAUUCAGACCUUUCCUCUUGAUCAAAGCAACCAUCCAUUCACCCGCCCGCAAUUCAUCGUAUCCAACGGCGCACGAGUCAACCCCCCACUUGCUCUUCACCCCGCAAAACAAACGACAUCGGCUGCACUCUCGUCUUGCUUGCUAUUGCACAAGCAUUCUCCUCCAUCAGCCGCUCUUGCUCACAUCAUCUCGUCACGCGCCUGCCCUCAGACUGGUCAUUAGGGUAACCGUACGACCGCUGGCAACGUCGCGACACCAUCGACAUCGACAUCACCACAUCCACUCUUCACCACAUCCAUCACCACCAUGGCUCAAACUGCUCCCGCUCAGAAUUCUCCCACCUCCGUACCUAAGAGACCGCGAGGCAUCCUGAAGAACUCUGCCUCGUUCCAGCAGACCUCGCCCGAAACCCGCACAAGUCCACCACCGGUCACCAGCGCCGCUCAAGCCAACGAUGCACCCUCCGACACCACCAACAGACCCGUCAUGCCAUCGCGCGAGCUGUCCGAGAAGGAGAUUACCCUGAUGAACACUGAAAUGAACGCCGGUCCUCAUCGCCGAACAAGCAGCAAUCCGCGUGGAAGUCUGAGCCGUCGCCAGUCGUCGCAAAGUCGCGGCGAUGAGAUGGCUGUCGACAACGAGUCCGAUGGCCAGCGUCUCAAGUGGGAUGAGGCGAAUCUAUAUCUCAAUGAGGGUCAGAUGGGAGGCAAGAUGAAGAUCGACGAACCCAAGACCCCGUUUGCAAAGAAUUACGACCCUGCGGAGGAUGAGGAAGAGAUCUCCACCAUCAAUGCGCAAGAGUUGGCCGUGGACGAGCUGGAGAUGAACAAGCCGCAGCGCAAGGGAUCUGGGUCGCGUGCGAGGGAGAGCGAAAUUCCUGGCCUCGAUCUGGGCGAGCCAGAAAUGGAGGCAUUGACACAGGAAGAGAGCGAUGGAGAACGCCGAGUGCACGUCAACAGCGACUUUGCCAACGAGAAUGGCGGACGUCACGGCGAGGAGAACACGUCAGAGUUGAGUCACGAGGAGCAGGAGAAGCACAAGAAGUUUGAGGAGAUGCGCAAGAAGCACUACGAGAUGAAGAAUAUCAAGUCAUUGCUUGGCCACCCUGAAGAGCUUGACGCCCUUGACGAUGAAGAGGAGAAGUGA